ACCAACGUAAAUUAGUGGAUCACAAAUAGUGGUGUAGAAAAAAAAAAUAUUCUUGCAGCAAAAUCUUUGAUCCAUUCAUCAAGUCAUACCAAAAUUGUUUAUAUUUUCAGGUAGUCAAAUUAUCUUAUUCAGUCUACAAUGCUCUUCAACGGUCAUAACUUGACUUAAAUUCUACUAAUGAUCGUCUCACAAAGCACUGCUAACUGAUGGUUAGAUAUAAUUGUCUUCCCUCGAUAGAAGUUCAAAGACGGAAUGACCCAUCUGACAAUAUUUGCACCACAGACGAUCGAUUUUUGUAAAGAAAAAAUAAUGAAAAUAUUGUCGUAAAGCAGAAACAUAUAAUUAUCUAAUCAAGUAUGCAAGAUGCUUUCCUGAAAAGUCAUAUUUUUUUACAAUUUCAAUACGUAGGGGAUGAAAAUAAAAAUAAAUUUCUUGAGAACCCUUCGGUAACAGCUGAUAAUAGAAAAAUAAUUCCCUUAGGAAUAUAGAAAAGUCGCUCGAGACAAUGUCGAAGCUGUCAUUAUUUAUUCAUAAUUGCAAUUCUUCAAAAGGGGAAUCAACUCAUUCUUACUUUGUACUUCGUUCAGUCAAGAGUUUGUUCUCUACUGGUAAAAUAUUCUUACAAUGUUGGUUCUACCUCACAAUCUAGCUCUCUUUCAAUUAAUUGGUGUAUGGAGACCAGUCAAUUGGUCUUUAGGAUUGAAAUAUUUUUUUUACAAUAUUUACACGUUAAUUGUGCUUGUUAUGGUAUUUUUAAGUGUGUUUACAGAGAUAAUUAAACUCAUAGGAUCUUAUGAAAAUAUCGAACAACUUCUGCAUAACUUAAAAAUGUUAUUAACCAUGGUUGGAAAUUUUGCUAAAGCUGUUAAUCUUGUUUAUAACCGUCAAGACAUAGUGAUGCUGUUGACAGAUCUCGUUAGCUCUCCUUGCUUACCACGGAAUCCAGAAGAACAAUCAAUCCAGUCUAAGUAUGAUAGAAUCAUCAAGCUUAGAACAAUGAUAAAUGUGAUACUUGUGGGAUCAUCAGUAGGAAUGGUGACGAUGGAAUCUAUUUUCUGUGACAUUUCUGAUCAUAAUCUACCAUUCAAUGCUUGGUACCCUUUCGAUGUUUCUGAUUCUUACGGAUAUUGGAUAGCAUGGCUGCAUCAAGCCUUGGCCCAUAUCUAUGGAGCCAUGAUAACUGCUAAUUAUGAUGUUUUCGUGCCUGCCUUGAUGCUACAAAGUUGUGCCAAGUUUGAUAUACUCGACUAUCGCUUGACUAAUGCAGUGAACAAAUUUUUUGGUAAAUCAUCCGACUCGAAAUGUGAUUAUAACGAACGGGCAUUAAGAGAGAUUUUUGAUUGUAUUGGAUUUCACCAAAAAAUAAUUGAUUUAAGCAAUUUUGCAAACGAUAUUGUAAGCUCUGUAAUAUUCCUUCAAUUUUCCAUCAGUACUCAAGUUAUUUGCGUGACGGUUUAUAAUUUAUCAAAAACAAAAAUUGACGAUCCUUAUUUUCCUGGGCUGGUUAUAUAUCUUGCAUGCAUGCUUGUUCAACUUUUUCUUUACUGUUAUGCUGGUAGUGAAUUAACUUCAAAGAGUGAAGAUGUAGUUAAGUCUAUUUAUUGUAAAGCUAAUUGGUAUACAUCAGAUAUCAGUGUUCAAAAGUGUUUAUUAUUAAUGAUGCUACGUUGCUCGCAUACUGUCAAAUUCACUUGUGGAAAUAUUAUCUACUUAUCCAUUGAUUCAUUCAGCAGUGUUGUUGACGCUAUCGAAUCAUCUCAUAGUAUUUCUGACUAUGCAGAUCACUCCUUUAUUGCCUUAACUAUGAUUGGGAUCUGUAUAAAAAUGGGAAGUAUUGUUAAAAACAGGAAGGAAAUUGCCGAGCUAAUGGAGCUACUCUGUGGAGGGUCUUUUAAAACGAGAAACAAAGAAGAAGAGGAAGUUUUGAAGAGUUGUGAAACUAUCAUGAAAUGGAGAACAAUUUCCUUUGGCAUUUUUGUACAAAUGGGAACUACCAACCUAAUUAUCAGUUCUCUAUUUUAUCUUGCUCCCCAUCGUAUCACCAUCACAAGGCUUUACCUGCCAUGGGACACAAAAACCUUAGAAGGGUAUUGGAUAGCAUGGGUACUUCAAGCAAUAUCCAGGUGGUUCGGUGGUCCUGUUAAUGUAGCCUGUGAUAGUCUCGUCUCCGGAGUCAUGUAUCGAGCUUCAGCACAAUUUCAAAUCCUGGCAAUCCGUUUAAAGGAUCUAGUGAAGCCUAGAAAAUCCAAAAAUGAAGGGAAUGAAGAUGUUAGAAAGCAUGAAUCGAAGAUAAUAGCAAGACUAGUGAAAGAACACCUGGAGAUUAUCCAGAUUAUUUCUAAACUCAACGAUAUCUUUGGCUUUGUCAUCUUUAUGCAGUAUUGCGUUAGUUCCACUGUACUUUGCGUUACCAUAUUCGUUUUUGCUGAAGUCAAGCAAUUCGAUUCACAUUGCGCUAUGAUGAUUACUUACACUGGAUGUCUGUAUUUUCAGAUUUAUUUACUGUGUUCUGCUGGAUCGGAGAUGUCUAUACAGAGUAUCAACUUUGCUGAAUACAUUUAUACAUGUGACUGGGAUGAAUUAAAGAUUGGUACAAAAAAGAGUCUGAUGUUAAUGAUGAUGAGGAGCCAUCGACCUCUGAAAUUCACCAGCUGGCACAUGAUUGAGCUUUCUAUAGAAUCAUUCAGUCAGAUUGUCAAAUUUUCAUAUUCAGCUUAUAAUGUUCUAUCACAAAAGAAAUGA